AGGGAUUUUUCUGCAGCGUGUCGGCAGAGAGCAGCGAAGGUCGACCCUUCAGACAUUGAUGUGGGGGGAACUGUUGAUGAGGUCCUUCAGGCAAUUACAGACCAACUUGCCUUAUCAAGAGGUCAUCAAAGUUCAGAGGAACCACAGCUGACAUGUGACCUAAUUAGGUCCACGUUGGGCAAUAAAGUCAUGGACAAACAUCCUUUACGUCCAGACAGAUCUUGUCCCGUCAUGUCACCUGAACACACUGUCUCACUUCCUGGGACCCCGACUCCUUCUGAGUCAUCUAAGGGUGAAGGUAAGGAAUCACACCUUCAAGGACCAUCUGUAAGGAUUACAGAUGAACAAGAGCGACCAAAGAGCAGAGAGAGGGUUUCCAUGGCCACUUUAGUGGACAUCAUGAUGACCUCCUUGGGUUUACAGGGCUCAGGUCAUUAUAUGUCUCUUGCUGAGUUAUCUGCAGCGGCCAAAAGAGUGGAUGACCUGAUUUUGACCAGAGCCGUUCAGGAGUUCGCAGACAAGUUGCAGAUCAUACUAAAGGACAGACUGAUCUCCCUGAAUGUCUCAGACUCUGUUGUUGGUGUGAGAAAACUGCAGAACCACACUGACCCUCAGCGCCACUUUACUUCUGAAUUUCUUGGAGAAUUUGCAGACGAGUCAGUAAAACGUGUGCUCAUGUCCUGCAUUGCCCCUCGACCAGCUUCUGCCUCAGCUGAAGAUAUUCCAAGCCUGGUGAUGCCCUUCAGAGUCACUCCUAAAAGUUUUGAGGUCUCAAGACCCCCAUCUGACGUGUUUGCUGACACGAUAGAUCUGUUCUCCAGAGAGAUUGUGAACACUGUAAUGGACAAUGUGUUAGCUGAUGUGUGGGAUGCUGCCUCAAAUGCUGAAGAAACACCAGAAAUGAACUCAGGCAGCUCUGAAAAACUCAGUAAAUCUCACAAGGCCUUGAUUCCUGAUUUACGGAAGCUUCUAGAUGCAGGAGCUUCAUCUGCAGUGCCUGAAACAGAGGGGAAGAAGAACCUAAGCUUGAAGAAGCUCAAGAGCAUAUUCUUCAAAUUCAAGAUGCCAAAAAUGAACAUCUUCAAAAAGAAAUCCAAAAAAGGCAAUAACGCUGGAUCUUCAGAUCAGGACCGUCUGCAGAGUCGUCGCACUGCUGAUAUGAGUGGAGCCGACAGUGCGACUUCCAAAAAGGAGAAGCCUUGGAGAACUUCCAUCUUCACCAGGAUGUUCUCCUACUUUAGGAAAUAAGCCGCCUCAUCCCUCUAAGUUUCUUUAUCUACCCCGUCAUCUUUAUCUUCGCGUCUCUAGGUGCUCCCUUUAGGCUGAAUCCUGCCAGAAAACAAAAUCACCUAUCACAGUUAUCCUGACGACACCCAGGUUCACUUCACUCUCUCACCAAAUGACUGUGGUCCCAUAGACACUGUGUGUCGGUGCUCAGAGCAAAUCCGGAGUCGACCAGAGGAGGAUGGGUUCCCCUUUUGAGUCUUGGUUCCUCUCAAGGUUUCUUCCUCUUGCUCUUAGGGAGUUUUUCCUUGCCACUGUCGUCCUCGGCUUGCUCAUUUGGGGCUCGGACCCGGAUUUGCUCUGAAGCUGCUUUGUGACGCUCGUAAAAAGUGCUCUAAUGGAUCCGUGAACAUUUCCUCCUAAACAAAGACAGAAGUGAUGUAAUUCGGCAGUGAGGAGGAAAGACUGAAGGUCAGUGAGCACUUCAGAGCUCCAAAGACUACAGACCACGUAAGAAUCCUGGGUGAACUAACGGAUCCAAAUUAAACCUGAAAUCCAGCCUGAAAUUUUGGCCCGAAUCCGAAUUUAGGCUAAAAACCUUCCAACGACCGGUUAGAUUACAGUGUAACAGCAAUAAUAUCUGCUGUUCAGAAGUGAUGAUGAUAAAAAAUGAUCUGAUGAAAAUAUCAGCCGUCCAUAAUUCAGUUUAAAUUCUGUGGUAACACAUUGACUCACAGUGCAGUGCAGGAUGUUAACCUUCACCUGUUUAACUCUAAAACUGUAUUUCUGUAAAUAGACUGUGUUCAACAUACAGCAGGAACAGGUUUGGCCAAAGAAGUGAAACGUAAACGUCCGUCUGGCUGCACUAAACCAGCUCGCCUGCUGCUCGAAGCUGGAAUCAGCUGCCAGAAGGUCUCAGAUCUGCCCCUAAU